GUCCCCUGUCAAAAUGCCAUCGAGCAUUAUGUGUUAUCAAUUUGACAGUUAUGUGUAACAUUUUCUGAAACCACCGAUCGUAAAAGUUAUAUCACUGUAAUGCUAAAGGAAGAUGAGGAGGACUUUGAGGAAGAUGAGAAAGAUUAUAGAGCUGCAAACAGAGGGAACAUUUCGGCUGUCCUUUCUGUCAUAUCCAGUGUUGUGUCUGGUUUUCUGAGGAACUGGGUUUGUUUGAAAGCGUCAGAGAUGUUAAACGUACCGUCCCAGUCUUUUCCGGCCGCUGGAUCUCAGCAGAGAGUCGCGCCAACCGGACAGUCCAGAAGCAAGGUGGCGCUAAAGCCAGGUCACAGUCUCCUUGACUGGAUCCGACUGACCAAGAGCGGACGCGAUUUGACCGGACUGAGAGGUCGAUUGAUUGAGGUGACAGAAGAGGAGCUGAAGAAACACAACACCAGAAACGACUGCUGGACCUGCAUUAGAGGUAUGGUCUAUAAUGUGAGUGCCUACAUGGAUUUUCACCCUGGUGGGGAGGAGGAGCUAAUGAGGGCUGCUGGGAUUGAUAGCACUGACCUGUUUGACCAGGUCCAUCGGUGGGUGAAUUACGAGUCUAUGCUGAAGGAGUGUCUGGUCGGGAGGAUGGCAGUGAAGCCCAACCCUGCUCUUCAAGCUCAGACAGAGAAGACGGAAAGCACUAACAUGAACGGCUUAUCUGUUCCUCCACCUUUAAGACAGGAGCCUUUACCUACUCCUCUCCCCGCUAAAGAUCAUCGCCCUCGGUACGACUGGUUCCAGACAGAUGGCACCGUCAACAUCGUUGUUUACACCAAGCGAAAGAUACCCAGUGCCGGCUGUGCUGUGGUGGAUCUACAGGGUGAUGCUCUUCGGGUGGAGAUGCUCUUAGGGAAGAUGUCGUACCUUCUCUACUGGCGCUUGUCCACUGAAGUACAAGGACGUGUUGACGUUCAAACAGCCCACUCUGUUGGAAAAGUUCAGGUGUGUCUCCACAAAUCUGUCAAAGAGAAGUGGACCAAAGUGGGACAGCAACUAGAACACCAUGACACAUUUAUUCAGUGUAAAGAUCGUGAGCUCUUCUACAGGGAAUGCGUGUUGGUUUCGAAAACGGACGUCACGCACGACACGCAGCUCUUGCGCUUACGACUUCCACCGGGGUCACACAUGCAAGUUCCCGUGGGAAGGCACGUCUACCUCAGAACCUCUCUCCGGGGUACAGAUGUCGUGAAACCUUACACACCAGUGGAUCAGACGCUAAUACCUCCCUCACAACCUAGCGCUAAAAUGGGCUCAGACUUGCAUCUCAUGAUAAAGAUCUAUCCCGAUGGACUGCUGACCUCACAUCUCGCCAACCUCACUAAUGGAUCCUCUCUGUCGGUGGGCGGUCCAGAGGGAACCUUCACUUCGCGAAUCCUGCGUGAUGUCACCCAUCUCUUCAUGCUAGCGGCAGGCACGGGUUUCACGCCCAUGGCUCGUCUCGUACGGCUGGCUCUUCAGGACCUCACGUCAGUCAGAAAAACCAAGAUGAUGUUCUUUAACCGUCAGGAGAGGGAUAUACUUUGGCGCUCUCAGCUGGAUGAACUUCGUUCAAAAGAGCCAAGGUUCGAGGUGGAGUACGUUCUAUCGGAGCCUGCAGACUCAUGGGCCGGCAGGAGAGGGAGGAUAGAUUUUUCUAUGCUGCAGAACUUCCUGGAGAAACCAGAAGACUCCAAAUGUUUAGUGUGUGUGUGCGGCCCAACCGGAUUCACAGAGUUAGCAGUGCAGUUGGCCAAACAGCUAGACUUCAGCGAAGAGGAAAUUCACAUUUUUCAGGGCUGAACGGGACUUGGAAGCGAAAGAUGAAUUUCUAUGCAUAUAAAAUGCACUUUUCAGUCAAAACAACAA